AUGCCGCGAAACUCCCAGGAGGUCUUUGAUCGCCUCUAUUUGAUUUAUACUGUUGGAUACUCCAUCUCCCUGGGAUCCCUCACAGUUGCUGUCCUUAUCCUGGGAUACUUCAGACGUUUGCACUGCACUAGGAACUACAUCCACAUGCACCUGUUUGUGUCCUUCAUGCUGAGGGCCGUCAGCAUCUUCGUGAAGGACGCAGUCCUGUACUCCGGGUCAGCCCUGGAGGAGAUGGAGCGGAUCUCCGAGGAGGACUUGAAAUCCAUCACGGAAGCACCUCCAGCGGAUAAAUCGCAGUUUGUGGGCUGUAAAGUAGCUGUCACCUUCUUCCUCUACUUCCUGGCUACCAAUUACUACUGGAUCCUGGUGGAAGGGCUCUAUCUCCACAGCCUCAUCUUCAUGGCAUUUUUCUCAGAGAAGAAAUAUCUCUGGGGAUUCACAUUAUUUGGCUGGGGACUCCCUGCUGUGUUUGUCACAGUGUGGGCCAGCGUCAGAGCCACUCUGGCCGACACAGAUCUCCUGGUGAAAUCCAUGUCAAAGAGCUCAUGCACUCCCCCAAAUCCCAGCAUUAAACCAACACAGGAGGAGCUCUCCAAAGUAAAUUUUAUUCUCUUUAUCAAUAUUAUCAGAGUCCUCGCAACCAAGCUCCGAGAGACGAAUGCAGGGAGGUGUGACUCGAGACAACAGUACAGGAAGCUGCUGAAAUCUACCCUCGUCCUUAUGCCUCUGUUUGGCGUUCACUAUAUUGUUUUCAUGGCUAUGCCAUACACAGACGUGUCAGGGAUUCUUUGGCAAGUUCAAAUGCACUAUGAAAUGCUGUUCAACUCUUUCCAGGGAUUUUUUGUUGCCAUCAUAUACUGUUUUUGCAAUGGAGAGGUCCAAGCAGAAAUAAAGAAGUCAUGGAGCAGGUGGACUUUAGCACUUGACUUUAAAAGGAAAGCCCGGAGUGGGAGCACAACCUACAGCUAUGGACCAAUGGUUUCCCACACCAGCAUCACAAAUGUAGCCACCAGAGGGGCACUUGCCCUCCACCUCAACACGAGACUUAUUCCAGGGACCCUCAACGGCCACCGGAAUUUGCCAGGUUAUGUGAAAAAUGGCUCCAUUUCAGAGAAUUCCAUGCCUUCCUCCGGCCCGGAGCAGUACAACAAAGAUGAGGAAUACCUGAAUGGCUCCGGGCUUUACGAUGGAGACAGACCCAUGGUCCUUGUGGAAGAGGAGAGAGAGACAGUGAUGUAA